AUGGACACUCGCGUCGAUUCUCUGAAUACUUCAAACCUCGACUAUGCCAAAUAUCUCAAUGACUCCAAAUCCUCAAAGUACUUCUCCAGCCACAAGGCAAAUCUAUCGGGCGCAACAAUGCUUGACCUGCUUAGUGGAACUGAAGGUUCCAUCGCUGCCGCGUAUCAAACUUCGCAUUCGAAGCCUCACCCGUCGAGACCAAACCGGCCUUCAGAUGUCUCCUCGAGCAAGAAUGAAUUGCGACAAACAAAUCGGAUGCUGGUGGAAAUAGUCCAGAACGCCCAACUGGAACUCGCAACGCAAAGACAAACGAUGCUCGACAUGCAAUCGCGGAUCCUCCAGCUCGAGCAUGUCUUGUACAAGAGUAACAGCAGCACCCCAGAAUCGUUCGCAAGCACCACUACCACUGCCACCACGCAACGAGCAACUUCUCAAACCAAGCCAGUAGAAGAAAAGAUACUCGUCAACUCAGCAGCCCAACACCAAGCAUCCAGCCUCUCCGUCACCCCCACCAACAAGCCCGAAUUCUGGAAAUCCCCCAGCCGCUUCUCCGGCUUCAACUUCAACUUCGACCUCCUCGAAACCCAAAAACAACAACGACAACAACAACAACAAAAACACACCCCAGAAACCCCACAAGUCUACAAACCCUCCCGCCCCCCUGCGCCCCCCGCAAAGUCCCCUCGUAACACCACCACCCAAAACGCCCCCCACCACAACCACAUCCAUCGCACUCUCACCAAAAAAUCCUCAGAAGCAACCCUACUCACCCGCCCAUCCCCUUCCCACGACACACCCGCAAGCGACAUAAAAGAACACAUAGUCGAGUACGAACACGUCAAAAUCCCCUUCCCACCGCUCCUCCACUCGCCGCCCAAGACCGCGCGCAGCAAACUAGCGUCCACAGUGCAGAGCAGAGACGACGAGUUGACCGCGUUGCCGCGGAUGCCAGAGCAGGUUCCGGCUGUGGUGCAGGAGCAAGUGGUGGUGGUGGCGGCGGGGGCUGCAAAGGGGCCGAGGAGGGGGAUAAAGCAUAUACGGAUUAGUCGGUCUUUUUCGAGGAGUUUUCGGAUUGAUUGUGGGAAUGGGGGGAGAGGCACGUGA